GCUCGCAGCUGCUUCUCACAGGCGCUAUUGAACAUCAUGGCAGCUUCCGUGGCCUACAGUUUCGUAGCACAGAGCGUCAGAUGGCUCAUUAGCGCUCACUUUUUGGCCUCUGUGCACUGUACGCACGUGGCUCAUGGAGAUAGAAUCAACGGGCCUGGUUGCGGCAUUUCAGCACCCAUCGGAAGGAUUGUCAAUGGCGAAAAAGUUGACCGGCUACAAGUACCAUGGAUAGUAUACCUCGAGAUAAAGUACAUGGAUCCAAGAAAGGGUCGGGUAAAAGUUAAAUGUGGAGGAAGCAUUAUCUCACCGAGCUUCAUACUCACCGCUGCACACUGUCUCUAUAGCAAACGCAGAGAACCGCUGGGUGCUUUCAUCUACUACAAUGAGACAAGGAGAAAGCAAGGACCCCGGCGCAGAGCUGAGUUUUUCAUUCGUCAUCCUUGGUUCAAUAACCCAGCGAACGACAUCGGUCUGAUAAAGUUGCGGCGCCCUAUUCCUUUCGACAGUUUUGUACAUGCUGUCUGUCUACCAAUAAGGAACUUUAAUCUUGCAAGAAGGCAUUCUCUCGUAGCAGGAUGGGGAAGAAUAGCAGAAAGUGGUCAAUCAUCGGAUGACCUACUCUACAUUACAAGAGAAGUGCUUCCAUUUGAAUUCUGCAAAGCAACUUUCAACAGACCGGGCCUGCUCAGAAAACUGCACAGAGGCAAUGUGAUGUGCACAUCGUCCGCGUCCAAAGACAGCUGUAAGGGUGACUCGGGAGGCCCGCUGACCACGUGGCUGCACGGAGUUCGUUCGGUGCAAGUGGGCAUCGUGUCCUUCGGCAUCGGAUGCGCCAGGCCCGACAAGCCCGGUGUAUACACGCGCGUAUCCGCCUUCGUGCCCUGGAUAAAACGACAGAUCGCUAUAAACUACGAUCUCUAGCUGCGCUUUGUGAAACACGAAACCGCUCCACCAUAGUGCCAAUAUAUUACCCUACAAAAAAUUAAAUCGUACUCAUUAAGAUGCCUUCUAUAUAUACAGGUGCAGGCCAUGGCUCUGCAGUCGCGCUCAUGUUCACACAGUAUGCCUUAAAUAAACAGACGUUUGACACAAGGAAGACAAACCGUAUUCGUUUAGGUUAUACAUUACAAAACAAAAUAACUUGGCCUUCUAACAAAACUUUUCUGCAUUUCUCAAAACUGUGCCAAUAAAAUAGCACUCCUGGAGAAACAGAUGGGUUAAUGCGUACCCCUUGUUCCUGAAAUAAUUAUAACUAUUUUCGAGCGCAGAACAUCUCCAGCAAGACGAACGGCGUUAAAAAACCGUUUUCGCUGGCUUGGAUUGGCUUGGCUUGGCCAUAAACCACCGGUAAUAAUAUACAAGGUGACAUCCUUCACGAAGAUUUAACUAGAUUGCAACUUUAAGUAGUGACUAAAGUGACAAAAAAAUAUAUAUUUAAGCUUCUACCGCCAAGAUGUUAAGCUUGUCCUGAAGAACAAGGCACAACAACGGCCAUUGUACAGAUGAGCACUGCGAAUAAUUUGAAGAUGGCAUCGACAGCCGUGCACUAAAACUAUUCAAGAAGACGCAGGCUGUGUUUCAGUACCGCAUCAGCUACUUCAACAGGUGUGUUGCCAUGUUUUAACCAAUAGCUGACUUAUCAUGAAAAACAACUUCAGCUUAAUUACCACGCGUUUCUUACUUCUGGCGCCAAAUUUGCCUAGUAAGCUAGCAGCUGCAAUGCAUUCUGUGAUAUUCUUACAUUUCCCAUCUUUCAGGUAAUUUUCCAAGAAAACUACUCAAUCGUUCGUAGGCAAGCUUUUAUAGCUUCACGUAUGUUGCAUAGCCAGUGAUGUGACCUUGAAAUACUAAAAGAUAACUUAUGGCACAUUACAGAAACAGUUUAAAUCUUCAUGUUUUCCUCUCAAUUAUAAUGCCAGCGUGUAUAAUACUGUUAUUGCGUGCUGCUAUUGGAAAACCUAUUUUCUGAGGUCCCCCUUCAACACGUAGCAUAUUAAAAAAAAUAGGCCUUCUGAUUCAUCGAUAACUCUGCUGGAUUAGACAUCCCGCCCGGUUUUUGCCAUCCUAAGUAGGUGGCGUUAGGAAGAAUGCGUGCGAACCUAUAUGUGUCCCACCCCUCGUGUAAUACCCUCACAUGAGGGUCUUUAAGGAAAUAAAGUGAAGUGAAGUGCGGGAAUGCAUUGAUACCAGCUACAACUUGUCUCUGGGC